GUAGUAAUUUAUUUUGGCAUAAGCGACCUUUCCAAAUAUUGAGAAAUACAUGACAGCAAAAAUUAAAUAUAUUUGCACCAAAUAACAUUGUCAUUAAUAAAUAAUAAUGCCACGAUAUGCACAGAUAGUCAUGGGUCCAGCCGGCAGUGGAAAGUCAACAUACUGUAGUAAUAUGGUUAGACACUGUGAAAAUCUACGCCGGACUGUUCAUGUUGUCAACCUUGACCCGGCUGCUGAACAUUUUGAUUAUCCGGUGCUUGCUGAUGUUCGUGAGUUGAUUCAAGUAGAUGAUGCAAUGGAAGAUGAGUCUUUGAGGUUUGGUCCAAAUGGUGGACUUGUAUUCUGUAUGGAAUAUCUUGCCCAAAACUUUGAUUGGUUAAAAGAGCAGUUAGAAGACAUAGAAGAUGAUUAUAUAUUGUUUGACUGCCCUGGACAGAUUGAGCUGUACACACAUAUACCGGUGAUGCGUCAGUUAGUCGACGUGUUACAAACAUGGAAUUUUAAUUUGUGUGGCGUUUACUUGAUAGACUCGCAGUUUCUUAUCGAAGCAUCGAAAUUUGUCUCCGGCACCCUUACAGCAUUGUCUACAAUGGUUAACUUAGAAACACCACAUGUAAAUGUGAUGACAAAGUUAGAUCUACUUAGUAAGAAAGAUAAAAAGGAGUUGGAAAGGUACCUGGAGCCCACAAUGCAAGGACUGUUGUUUGAAGAAUUUGAAGAUGAAAAAUUCAGCAGAAAAUUCAAGAAAUUAAAUGCAGCAAUAGCAUCAAUGAUAGAUGAUUACAGCCUGGUAAAGUUUUUACCUCUUGACCAAUCAGAUGAGGACAGUAUAAAUGAUGUAUUGUUACAAGUUGAUAUGUGUCUACAGUAUGGCGAGGACCAGGAACCAAGGGAAAUGAGGGAAGCUGGAGAUGACCCAGAUGUGGACAGUGGGUUUGAUGGAUGACCUUGACCUCUCUGUAAGAAAUGACCUUGACCUACAUAUGCCAGAUGACCCUGACAUUAACUGUGAAUGAUGAUGUCAUUUUUGGAAUAUGUUCUGAAAGCUGUGAUAUAAAGAUGUGGAAGGGAAGUGUAAUGGGACACUUGAUUACAUAUAUUUGAAAUAAGAUAAAGUGCAGUCUUGCAACAAGAUUACUGUUUACAUUGAAACAAUUCAUUUGAACUUUUCUUGAAAAUAAACAAGAAAAUUUGAAUGUAUUAUUAUGUAUUGAGGUUUUUGUUCAUUUCUUUUCUGUAUGAACAUUUUUGUUGUUAAAUCAUUUGAAUAACACAAGUGAAACAUUAAUAAUGUACAUGUAUGUGAUGAUUUUGUCUCCUCAGAAAACGAAAGAUCAGGGUGAGCUGAUAUCAUAGACUGUAUAAUGAGUAUUCAUGAUGAUACAGUAUCAUUCAUAAAUACCUUAAAAUAGGCUGAUAUGCAAAGUAUUUGUGAGAUAUAUAAUUAUUCAUAAAUAUAAACAUGCUGUAAAUUUGUUUACAUUUCUGUUAAUGUGACUUGUUUAAGGAAUUGGCUGUUUGCUGAUGUUGUAAUAACUUGUGG